AUGGAGUCACAGGGCAAUACAGCUCAGUCUAUCAGUGCAGAUGAGAUCGCCUUGUAUGAUCGCCAGAUCCGUCUCUGGGGCGUGAAAGCUCAGGAAAAGUUACGAUCGGCGAAUAUACUUCUAAUUACCUUCAAGGCAUUGGCAAAUGAAAUUGCUAAGAACCUCGUUCUCGCUGGUAUCGGCACACUGACAAUCGUUGACCAUGAAACCGUCAAGGAGGAAGAUUUGAGCGCCCAAUUUUUCGUCACGGAAGAACAUAUAGGGCAGAAUCGGGCGCAAGCGGCAGCCCCCUCAAUUCAUGCAAUGAACCCAAGAGUUCGGCUUCGUAUCGAUACAGAUGACAUACAUACGAAGCAACCCGACUUCUUUGCACAAUUCGAUGUCGUCAUUGCGACAGAGCUGGACUUCGCAAUGUACACCACCAUAAAUGCGGCAUGCCGCAUCGCAAAUCGUCCGUUCUAUGCAGCAGGGUUGCACGGGUUCUACGGGUUCGUAUUUGCAGAUCUAAUUUCACACGAUUUUGUUAUCGAACGAUCCAAGUCAAACGUCCCUUCAGCCACUCAAGAGACUCCAACGCGGAGCAUAGUUAAUAUAACAACGAAGAAGGAAAACGAGAAAAUUAUCGAGAUGGUCACCAAGCGAGAGACAUACUCGCCUCUGAUUUUGGCGAACACAUCUCCCCUCCCGGAAGACUUCACUCGUCUGCCACGGAAACGACGACAGGUUACUCCGCUCCUUACUUGCCUCCGAGCACUGUGGGAGUUCCAAAAGCUAUCCGGAGGUUGUAUGCCGACUUUCUCUCGCCAAGACCUGGAGCUUUUCACUAAACUCGCCCGUGACGGCCACCAAGAAUUGAAAUUGGACAUCAGUACCCUCGACUCGGAAUUCUUGCGCACCUUUCUACAGAAUCUCGGAAGUGAACUGAGCCCCGUUGCCGCUAUUGUCGGUGGUAAGUUAGCUCAGGACGUGAUCAAUGUAUUGAGCGUCAGAGAGCAACCUAUACAGAACCUCUUGCUCUUUGACGGCGAGAAGUCCGUCGCUCCUAUCUACCCCUUGCACCCAUUCUUCCCUCCGGAAGUCGAGAAUGUCAUGUCCGCCAUUCCUCCUGCUGCGGACUCAAUCCCUUUGAACGGCGAUCCUACUUUGCAGCAACCAAUGAUUCCUCCAUCAGGAGCAGACGUCUGA